CUUUUAUUUAUUCAUUCAACUAGUUCCAUUCCACACCCAACAACACCUCUCUGUCUCUUUCCCCUUCUCCUCCCCCAUCCACCAAGAUUCCAACUUUCUCUGUCGCACCGAAGCUUCACGACAAAGGGUCUUCGCUUCUACAAUUUGUUUUCCACAAUCUCAAUUCACCUCGCCAUGAAGCGUUCACUUCCCUCCGGCGAGGAUAGGAAGAUGAAGAAGGUGAAACUGGCAGAAACCGAUGAUGAUGGUGAAGGAGAAGAUGAUGUUUGUGGGAAGAUUCAUGGCCCUGGCCUUGGUUGUUUCGAUGACAAUCUUCUGUUCGAGGUGUUGAAGCACGUGGAUGCAAAGUCGCUGGCUAUGGCGGGUUGUGUCAACAAGCAGUGGCACAAGACGGCGCAGGAUGAGAGGCUCUGGGAGCUGAUCUGCACCAAGCAGUGGGCCAACACCGGCUGCGGCGAGAAACAGCUGCGAUCCGUGGUUCUCGCGCUCGGUGGCUUCCGCAACCUCCACUCUCUUUGUCUCUUACCACUUUCCAAAUCUCAAACCUCUGCUUCCUCUGUUUCCUCUGCUUCAUCUUCGUCUUCAUCCUCGCCGUGGGGUCCAAUCCCGCCGCCAGUGAUCAGGUCAAAGCCGCUACCUCGUUUGGGGAAAGACGAGGUUCAUCUCUCCCUCUCGCUUCUCUCUAUUCGGUACUACGAGAAGAUGAAUUUCAACAACAGACCCAGAUGAGAAUGAGAAUGCUCUGUUCUGUUCUGAAUCUCUUGUUCUGUUUUCACUCUGUUUUUUUUUCUUCUUUUUAUGCGAUUUUAAUUUCUAGAUUUCACUAUUUCAGUUACCGGAUCUGUUGUUUAAUUCAGGAAAUUAGUCUAAGCUGGUUGUGUAAAUUGACGGGAAAGAAGAAUAGGAGAAUUGCUGAAUGAUGAAGGGAUGAAUGUAUUGUUGUUAUUUAUGUACUUUGAUAAAUAUAUGCAUAUUGGGAUCAAA